AAAAAGAGUGAGGGGCUUAGAGGAAAAGCAGUACCUCUCCGACUUGUAAAUCUUGGUGGCCAUCGGCUGAGCUACUACUCUCACUGCUUCCAUCUCCUGCUCUGGAUUUCUGCCUGGUCCCAGCGUCUCUCUCCAAAGUCCCAACAUGCAGAUCCUGGUGGUGUUAGCAGCUUUCAUGGGGGUUCUGCUCAGUGUCAGAGCAGCUGCCGUGCUUCCUUUGGAGGACAGGAGCCCCAUGCAGGGGCCGAACAGGGGACAGGACCUAAGCAAACAGCGCAAAGAGCUGAUCCUGAAACUGGUGUCCAGCUUGCUAGAGGGGGCAUUGGACACCAACGUGCUCCCAGAAGAGACGUCACCCGAAGAGCUGGAGGAGCCGCUGGAGUCGCGGCUGGAGGAGAGGGCUGUCUACAACAGGCUAUCGCUGCCACAGCGUGACCGCAAGGCGCCUUGUAAAAACUUCUUCUGGAAAACCUUCACCUCCUGCUAACAGAAAAAAAAAAAGAGGCAGCCCAACCCACUGCCAGCCCAUCAUGAACUGUAGUGGAA